CAACGUUUUGUAAUUCGAUUAUCUUCCUGGGAAAAGGAAAAAAAAAAAAAGUCCUUUGCUGAGAAGCAAGAUCUUUGGCUUGUACCGACGAUUUGCGAUCGAUCUUUACGAGACAACAGAUUGAGAUUAUGUCGAUGCUCGAUUCGUUCUUCAAUAAAGGUUUCAAAGCUGCAAAAUGCAAAACGUUGCUCAAGUUAACGAUCCCUCGGAUAAAGCUAAUCAGGAACCGAAGAGAAGCGCAGAUUAAGCAGAUGCGCCGUGAAAUCGCAAAGCUUCUCGAGACUGGUCAAGAAGCCACUGCUCGAAUUCGUGUUGAGCAUAUUAAGGAAGAGAAGAUGAUGGCUGCUCAAGAGAUCAUAGAGCUCUUCUCUGAGCUCAUCGCUGUUCGCCUUCCGAUUAUCGAAGCUCAAAGGAAAUGUCCUCUAGAUCUAAAAGAAGCAAUAUCAAGUGUGUGUUUUGCUGCGCCAAGGUGCUCUGAUUUGACAGAGCUGCAGCAGGUUCAGCUUCUAUUUGUUUCCAAGUACGGCAAGGAGUUCGUUGCUGCUGCUUCUGACUUAAGCCCGAUUCUGGUGUCAUCGUAAGGUAAGAUACGUCAACACAGCACAGCUGAAAGAAUGUUUGUGUUUCUAAUUAUUUUUCUAAAUCAUUUUUUUUUACAGUUGGUGGAGUUGCUGUCAGUGCGUGCACCUUCCCCAGAAACUAAACUGAAACUUCUCAAGGAGAUUGCACAAGAACAUCAACUUGAUUGGGACCCUACUCCUACAGAAACUGAUCUCUUCAAAUCGCAUGAAGAUCUCCUUGAUGGACCAAAGCAAUUUGGUGGAGGCUCUAAGGUGCCAUUAAAGGAGGAACAAGAUAAAGGGUCACAUUUGACAAUGUUAUCUCUUUCACGUCCAGAGGAACAAAGACAAUCUGGUUCUGAUUCAGAGGAUGAAGAAUUAGACUUUCCCGAGGUUCCAAAUGUCUUGCUGCGCCCAAAUCCUGCCGCCACUUAUGAACACACCUCUCCCAACUUGCCCUUGGAUUCCGAGAAUGCUGGAGACGAUAAUUUGGCUUCCAAAAGAGAUGAACAUACUGCAAAAGCAAGCAGCACUGUCGUGGAAUCUGAUCGUGAGAAACAGAGCAGUUAUUCUCCACCAUCUGUUGUUGGUGUAGUAGGAUCCUUCUCUACAAACGAGAGUGAUGCUCCAAGGAAAAUAUCCGAUGUGGACUUGCGGGAUGUCCUAACGGCUGCUCAAGCUGCAGCUGAUUCAGCAGAACGUGCGGCAGCAGCUGCCCGUUCAGCUGCAAGUCUUGCACAGCUCAGAAUCAACGAGCUCACGAAGAAGACGCCUGACCAGUCUCCAGAGAGUCCGACUGAGAACCCUUUCUAUUCAACCCCACCACAACAGACGAUGGAAAAAACCACAAUUGAUCAUACUGAGUUCCAAAUGGAAGAGACGUCAUCACUUUUCAACCACCAAACAGAGAGACUCCACUCAAUGGAAAAACCGCAGUUUGAUCACCAAAACUCAUCUGCCAGCAGCUAUGGAGAUCUUACUGACUUCCAACUAGGUGACUAUUCAUCACCUUUUAACCACCAAGCAGGGAGACUCCCUUCAAUGGAAAAGCCUCGGUUUGAUCAUCAGAAUUCAUCAGCCAGCAGCUACGGAGAUAUUACAGAGCUCCAAAGACAAGAUACCUCGUCAUUUGACAGACUCAGUCCUUCUGACCAAGACCACCAGCAAAUGAGACUACCUUCGAGGGAAGAUGAUCCAUAUUACUCAUACCCUAAUCUGUUCACAUCGCAGAACCCUGACCGCUCACCUGGCUCUCGUUCAUUUUCAGACACUUCAAAACCUGCCCAUGAUUCUUGA